CCUCUAAAAAAACUUUGAAGGCACCGUCAGAUGAAAUGCGUAAACAAUUAAAUGUAGCCGUUUAUAUUUAUGAAAUCUCAAAUCGUUUUAAAUGGUUAGAACAAGUAAAAAAUGAAUGGCCGAUAAUAUAUGAAGCAAUGUUUUUAUUAAAAGGAGAAAAUAAGCAAAAUAAAGCUUUGAACAAAUUAAUAGAAAAAUUAAAUAAAUUUAAAGAAAGUGUUCUUUCCUUAAAUUUAAUAGAAAAUUUAAAUGAAUUUGAGAUUAAUCUACACAAAUUACUAAAAGAAUUAAUUUAUGUUGUAGAAGGUAUUUGGGAUGGAAGGCAUAAUUACCAUGUUGAUUUGGAAGAAAUUAAAAUUGUUAGAAAACAAUUAAAUUAUAAAAUGAUUAUGAAAAUAUUUUAUGAGAAAAAUGAAGGCAUUGAAGAAGAUAGGAACAAUUCUGGUGGGAACGGAAACAGUAAAAUUGUUCAGUUAAUUUUUGGAGCUGAAACAUAUGCAGAAAUAUUUAAUUAUAAUACAGAAUUUGAAGCAUUUUCUGUGGAUUGGAAUAAAUUUAAAGAACAGCGAUUUAUUGGUUUAUUAUUUUUAAAAAAUAUUAAGUUAAUAUAUUAUAAUAUUUUUUUGUGCUGUGGGAUCUAA